AUGUCGGCGGCUAGCUCACAGCAACGCGACAGACCACCCGUCGCACUCGCGUUUCCGUCCGAAGUCACUAACGAUGAUUUGACACAGCUAUGGGUGCUUCCCCAUCCACGUUCCGGCGCACCGGCGUAUUAUGCCAUCUCGAAUGACGGACAUGGCACGCUGUUCGAGCUCAUUGUCACACGCCCCACAGCGCCAGCAUCCCAAAGCUGGUUCUUGCGUGAAGCGACAUCAUUUGAAGGCCAAGUUGUCGCUGAUGGAGCGAUGCAUAUUCUUAGCCGCAUAGAUCCGGCCUUUGUGCUACUGGGUAUACUUGGGCUAGAGCAUGAUGGAAAGCGGUUCUGGCCCCUGGACGAUUGGGCAGAAGCUGCAACAGAUGCCCAUGUUACUCGCCGACUAGCUUUACACACAGACCCAUCCUCAACAUCAUGCUCAUCACAGUCACCGACAGCACUUACAAACGCAUGGCCAGACAUCACAGCAUUCGUUCUACACCCGAUGAUGCACAAGCAUCUUUUGAGAAUAUGCUCAACGCAGCCCCAGACACACACAUGCGAUGGUCUUGUUUACAGACUUGAUUGGUCUCGUGUUAUCGCCAUACUCGACGAAAAAGUUGAGCGCCUUUGUGUAGGCGCCCAUGAUAUCCUUACCGCGCAAAGCGCUCGAUCAACAGGAUGUUCUGACGAAGCGUUUGAUACCCCAGAGACUGACGGAAUACGCCGCAUUGCUCGGGAAUGGAUCGGGGCUUACUUGGCACAUCAUAUUAGAGAACGCUGGGCGUCCGGAGAGUCGACUUCCUCUCGAACGUAG